UACAUCGACCCACUCCCAUAUGACUAAUUCUUCCAACAAUUCACCCGCUAUCAAUAAAAUGGACAAUAAUGGUGGCCUGACAAUGAAUAACGUACCUUCCACUAUGCAUCAUUUGUACAUGUACGGCAAAUCCCCUUACGAAUCCUCUAACUCUCUGAAUCAACCUAAUUUUCUGCAACAGCACAACAACAAUAUCAAUCAAGAACAUGACUUAUUGGAUGGCCCUUUAGUUACCCCUUCUACUAUGUUGGAACGACAUUUGGUGACGGCAGCUGAUUCGAAUAGUCCUAAGCAGCCCUUUGUUCCAUGCAAGGUUUGCGGUGAUAGGGCAUCAGGAUAUCAUUAUGGUGUGACCUCAUGCGAAGGUUGCAAAGGAUUUUUCAGACGCAGUAUACAGAAACAGAUAGAGUACAGAUGUUUGAGGGAAGGCAAGUGCUCGAUAGUGCGGUUGAAUAGAAAUCGGUGCCAAUACUGUAGAUUCAAGAAAUGUCUAGCAGUCGGUAUGUCACGCGACGCAGUGAGGUAUGGGCGCGUUCCUAAGCGAUGCCGCGAAAAGGCCGAAGAGGAGAUAAGACGAAUGAAUCAGCAGCAUUUGGCCCAACAGCAGAUUCAGGACUCUAAUUUUGAACAUAACGCUCAGUUGAACAGUAAUAUUCACGAUAAUUUGAUGAACUACCAAGAAAAUAGUAAUGGAGUGUCUACUUCGCCCAUUGUAGGCACCAAGCUACCUAUCAAUAACAACAACCCUAAUCAACACAUGAUAGAUUACCGAAUGAGUUCUCCCGCGUUACAGCAAUCGAGUAAUAAUCAUAUUAAUAACAAUAACAGUUCCGACAGAAUUAAUAAUAACAUUAAUAAUGAUAAAUCUGGAAGCGAAAAGUCCAACGGAGAAGUAUCGGGUCAUAAUUCAGCAGCUGCUGCGGCUAGCAUAAAGGACAUAGCGAUAUAUGACAUCAUAUUAACAAUAUCCCAAGCCCAUCAUUGCACGUGUCCUUAUACUGACGAAAAGAUAUUUUCCUCCCCGAAUCAAAAUCCCGGAUCAGACGGUAUUACGGGCAGGAACGGGAGAAAACCCGUUGAACUGGCUUUGGCCUCUAUCCCUUCUUUUAUCCUUAACAACUCCCAACACCCACUUUUACCCAUUAAUUCAUCGGCAUCCUUAUCCGACAAUAUUAACGGAAUAAACACUCAAACAGAAGCCUGGAAGAUAUACCUGUGUGAACAAUACGCCUCCCUCAUUAUAACUCCUGCUAUUCAGAGGGUAGUAGAGUUUGCCAAGAGGAUACCCGGUUUUGGAGACUUGUUGCAGGAUGAUCAGCUAGUUUUGGUCAAAGCAGGUUUUUUUCAGAUCUGGUUGGUGAGAAUGGCCCGUAUGCUCAACCCGGUCGAUUGCUCACUUAAUCUUGGUGACGGAACAUACAUCAACAGAGACCAAUUGGCACUAAUUUAUAAUCAAGACCUCAUAAACGCCAUCCACAGUUUUUCCGUUACAUUCAAUGCCGUCAAUUGUAACGACACCGAGAUAGGCUUAUUCACCGCCGUUGUCUUACUUGCCUCGGCUAGUGGUAAGAGAGAACCCCAAUCUAUCACCAAUAACGUUAUAAAGAACAUUCCUUCCAAUGUUAAUGGUAAUAGUAGAUGUUACGAUUUUAAGAGGAUUUCGGAAAUCAGAGAGAAGCUGGUGGAUGCCUUGAAAUUCCAAAUGAGUCGAAACCAUAGCAACGAAUCUCACCUGUUCGCUAACAUGGUAGCCACUAUCCCUGAACUACAGACUUUGGGUAAAAAACACGAUGAUGCUGUGGUCUGGUAUAGGCAAAGAUGGCAGAGACUUAAUUUGCCUCCACUUUUUGCUGAAAUGUUCGAUAUACCAAAAAAUGGGAAUAACGAUGAAGAAUUUACAUAA